CUGCUGUUGUGUUUCGGCCUGUCCAAGCCAGAGAAGGACGGAAGAAGAAGUGGGCCAAAUUCACAAUCAAUCCUUAUUCCUCCACAACCCUUCUUCUUCUUCUUCUUCUUCUUCUUCUUCUUCUUCUUCUUCUUCUUGAACUUAUGAAUUUCUGGGUCAUAUUGUCAACCUCGGUAGCUCUGGUUUCCAUUGUCUUGUAUCACUUACUUAGCGCCAAUACUAGUCUCAGAGAUUUGAAAUGGCUGUCAUCUUCGAUCUCGUCUUCAGAAGUAGCCGAUUUACUGGUUUAUAAUGGGAUACUCUACACUGGUGACCCUUCACUACUAUUUGCUGAUUCUAUGGCAAUUCGUGAUGGACGGAUUCUCCGAGUUGGGAACUAUUCAUUUGUUCAGGAAUCAACUGGAGAUAGAACUAGAGUUCUGAAUUUGCAGGGCAAGCUUGUGACGUCAGGAUUCAUUGAUUCACAUGUGCAUUUGAUUUUUGGAGGGUUGCAGAUGAUACGAGUUCAACUCCGAGAUGUGAGUAGCAAAGAACAAUUUAUCAACAAGGUGAAAGAUGCUAUAGCUGGUACGAAGAGUGGCUCUUGGAUAUUGGGUGGAGGCUGGAACAAUGAUCUUUGGGAUGGAAAAUUGCCUGAAGCAUCUUGGAUUGAUGACAUCACUCCUGAGAAUCCUGUCUGGCUGUCAAGGAUGGAUGGCCACAUGGGUUUGGCUAACUCAGUGGCAUUGCAAAUUGCUGGAAUUUCAGAUAGCACAAAAGAUCCAGCGGGUGGAAUUAUUAUGCGCCAGUCAAGUGGAGAACCUACUGGAUUGCUCAUUGAUUCUGCAAUGGAACUGGUCCUCCCUCACAUCCCAGAGGUCUCAGUAGAUGAAAGGAGAAAAGCUUUGGUAAAAGCCACUCACCUUGCCCUGAAGAGGGGUGUGACAACUGUUGUGGACUUUGGGAGAUAUUUUCCUGGUGCAUCUGUAGAGCAUCCAUGGGAAGAUCUUUCAGAUGUGUAUGGGUGGGCUGAUCUUUCAGGAAACUUGCAGAUCCGAGUUUGUUUAUUUUUCCCAAUAGAUACAUGGUCGCGCUUACAUGGUCUUAUUAAAGAGAAAGGUAAAAAACUGAGUGAAUGGAUUUAUUUAGGAGGCGUUAAAGCCUUUUCUGAUGGCUCCUUGGGCUCCAAUAGUGCUCUAUUUCACGAGCCAUAUCUUAACGAGCCUCAGAAUUAUGGGCUACAAGUGAGAGACUUUGGAGAAUUGUUCAAUUUAACUGUAGCAUCAGAUAGAUCUGGGCUUCAGGUUGCUAUACAUGCUAUUGGAGACAAAGCAGUUGACCUGAUCCUAGAUAUGUACAAACUAGUUGCUUCUCCAAAUGAAAUAAGGGACAGGAGAUUAAGGAUUGAGCAUGCUCAGCAUUUGGCACCUGGAACAGCAGACAGAUUUAGGAGAGGAAAAGUUGUUGCUUCAGUUCAGCCAGAUCACUUACUAUACGAUGCGGAUCCUGCAAUAAAAAAGCUUGGAGUAGAGAGAGCUCAAAAGGGCUCCUAUUUAUUUCAGUCUCUACUGGACAGCGGGGCACUAUUAGCAUUUGGUUCUGAUUGGCCAGUGGCAGAUAUCAAUCCUCUAAGCAACAUAAGGACAUCAAUGAAAAGAAUACCUUAUGGUUGGACCAGUUCCUGGAAUCCUUCGCAACAAAUUAAACUGACUGAUGCAUUAAACUCGCAUACAAUCUCUGCAGCUCAUGCAUGUUUCCUUGAAGAAGAAUUGGGUUCCUUAAGCCCCGGGAAAUUGGCAGAUUUUGUUGUAUUAUCAACCGAUUCAUGGGAAGAAUUCAGCAAAGAUGGAUCUGCUUCUGUUGUUGCAACUUUUGUUGGUGGUCAACAGGCCUAUCCUUAACUCAACAACAACAAAAGGAAGAAGUUUUCAUUUUAGUCAUCUGCUUAUUAUCUUUUUUUUGUUGUAAAGGAGGUGUUCAUAUUCAUUAUUGGAAUUAUUUGAUAUUUUCUUAAUCACUCUUGUCUUUAUUUUGUAAUUAUUGUUAAAGAGUUUAUAAAGACAACCUUGUACAA